UGGGGAUGUUUGGGCAAUAUCAUCAAAUUUAUGUUUCAAAUGGCUGCUAAGGGGCCAGUCAGUGGUUACUGUAGAAAAUCUGAAUGUUUAUCUCCCAGGAAUAAUUUUGGACAGUAAGCAACAUUAGUAUAAGUUUUCAACAUUUAAAGUCAAUAGAUCAACUACUGCAGAUAAAACUGAAGACAAGUCUUCUGUAAACUUGCAAUAAAGCAAUGGAUUAAACUCUGGGAUUUAAAUCUUCUGAAUAGUGUUUCCUCUCUCAAAGUGAUCCAUAAGUAACGUGUUUAUAUGUCAGUCUGUUUUAGGAUCCAGAAUAAGUAGAAAGUCCAAUAAAAAUUUAUUAUCACUGAUGACCUUUUAAUGGAAACUCUAUACCCUCAAAAAUUUAAAAUCUUAAUUAAAAGUACAGUGAAGACUUAAUUGUAGAAGCAAAUGAAGGUAAGAAUUGCCGUAUCAGUGAACUUAAUAUUUGUCUCAUGGUUCUCCUACCAUUUUUGUACCCUAAAGGUUCACACUUAGAUGACAUACCACCCUCAGAGCAGUGGAGACUUGAUGGGCUACUUAAUCUAGACCUAAUCCACCUUGAAAAUUUGCUCCCACUCAUCACUCAGAAGCCACUUCCACCUAUCCCUAAAUUCUCAGAAGAAUCCUGAGUCAUGAGAGAAAUUCUAAAGAGCCAGUGAAGGAUCUUUAUAGGCUCAAAAGGAGUCCUGGGGAGAUACUCAUUCUGUUUCUGAACUUCUUUGAGCAUAUCAGAUCAGAAAUAUCUAGGCCUUAAUGAAGUCAUGUCUUUCGCAGUGACAUGGAUGGAUCACCCUAAGUGAAAUAAUUCAGAAACAGAAAAUCAAAUAUCACAUGUUCUCACACAUAAGUGAAAGCUAAACAAUGGGUAAACAUGGACAUACAAAGGGAAAGAACAGACUCCCGGGACUCCAAAAGGGAGAGGGUGGUAGGAGGGUGAAAGGUGGAAAAUUACCUAUUGACUAUAAUGGCCACUACUAAGGUGAUGGGUACACUAGAAGCCAUUAUGCAACAUGUCCAUGUAACACACCUGCACAUGUACCCCUGGAAUCUACAAAAAUGAACGUUUAAAAAUGUAAACGUUAAGCCUCCAAGGAAUAAACUAAAGACAAAUGGCCUCUACUCAAGGUUCUCUCUCAAACUGUAGUGAAAAACAGAAAGGAAAAAUUCCAGGUUAAAACAAAAAGCUGAUCACAGGUGACUUUUUAAGUGGUAUUAUGAACUGUUCUUGUGGCUCAAGGUCUUACCUGGGUGUCUGUUUUAAGGAAAUUCAUAAAGUAAGACUGGAAAAGAGUAAGAAAACUUUUAAAAUGUCACGGAAUCACUGUAAAAUAUGCCACUAUUUGGCAUUAGCCAAACAAUGUACUCAUGAUACUUAAUAUUUUGUAAAUUUCUAUAGUAUAGUUUAAAUGGAAAAAAAGUUCUAAUUGUUGUUUUGCUUCCUGGACUCUUGCUUUUUGGAAAGUGUUUCACUGGAGAUCAAAAUGUACUGUUGCUGGGAAAAUAAAUAUUUUAGUGACCAAGUUCUAUGUGGCUUCAGUCAAAGCAUCUCAAUGUGUGGUGUGUGUAUCUACAUAGAGAUAGAUAUACUAUUAUCAAUUUCUCAGACUAUAUUUUGAAAUUGCCAGUUUCAAGCCUAGAAUUACUCAAAUGUCAAAUUGAGUCUUCCGAUUUAAGUAUUUUAGGCUCUUACAAUCAGCAUGAGAAAUAAACUUGUAUACAAUUCCUCCAACUUCCAACAAAGGGAUUCCUAUAGAAAAUCUUUUUGUCUGCUAUAAAUUGUAAUAUAAAAUCUAAAAAUUCACCACAUUCCAGCCUCAAACACGUGUUUGGAAAAAAAAAAAUUAUGUACAUAUAGAAGAUAGACUUUGGCCCGCGCGCUAUGACGGCCAGCGCACAGCCGCGCGGGCGGCGGCCAGGAGUCGGGGUCGGAGUCGUGGUGACCAGCUGCAAGCAUCCGCGUUGCGUCCUCCUGGGGAAGAGGAAAGGCUCGGUUGGAGCUGGCAGUUUCCAACUCCCUGGAGGUCAUCUGGAGUUCGGUGAAACCUGGGAAGAAUGUGCUCAAAGGGAAACCUGGGAAGAAGCAGCUCUUCACCUGAAAAAUGUUCACUUUGCCUCAGUUGUGAAUUCUUUCAUUGAGAAGGAGAAUUACCAUUAUGUUACUAUAUUAAUGAAAGGAGAAGUGGAUGUGACUCAUGAUUCAGAACCAAAGAAUGUAGAGCCUGAAAAAAAUGAAAGUUGGGAGUGGGUUCCUUGGGAAGAACUACCUCCCCUGGACCAGCUUUUCUGGGGACUGCGUUGUUUAAAAGAACAAGGCUAUGAUCCGUUUAAAGAAGAUCUGAACCAUCUGGUGGGAUACAAAGGAAAUCAUCUCUAGGUGGCCGAGAAGAUUUGAUUUUCUUUAAAAAGACAAGAAUAAGGUCUGGUUAGAGAAUGAAAAAUGUAUACAUUUUGGAACAACUCCAUUUUAUCUAAAAAAGUUCUUGUGAUUGCCAGUUUAUUUGCAGUCUCUUAAUGUAUCCCCCACUCUUUCAGCCAGUACUUGAGAAAAUUUUUCUGAAAUAUGUCAUUGAAUUGUAUUCCAGACACAGAAUACAUGAUAAAUACUGAUAUUAUGGGUAAUCUGCUUUCCAUAUUUACCUAUGAUACUUACUGUGCAGUUUGUCAUUACUAGCUUGCAUGGAGUAGGAUGCAGUCAAAUUUGCCUUAGUGUUUCUGUUCAAAUAGAGACCUGAAUUCAAAUAUUGUAGUUUAGGUUCAAACAGAGUAUGGCUAUUGCAAAAUUUACCAAAUUUGUUGAUUACCUCUUUUAUUAAAGAAAUGUUGGGGAGAGGGUAAUAUAUUGUGACAAUUUUUGCAACUUACAGGGAAUAGGACAGGUCAUUAGGGUGUAUUUCCCAGGUUUCCAAUUGAGAAUCUAAACCAAGAGAAGUGAGACAAACCAUCUAAUAUCUGUAUCCUGCUAUUAAUAGGCUGUGAUGUUGAGUUUCUCACUUACUCUUUCUGAGGUCCAGGGUCCUUAUAUGAAGAGAUUCAUAUAUAUGAAGAGAUUCGAUGAAGAGAUUCAUCUAGAGCAGUGGUUGUCAAAGUGUGGUCUGGGGGGGCCUCAAGAGCCUUUCAAGGGUAUUCUAGGUCAAAGCUGUUUUUAUAACACUAAGACAUCAUUUCACUAUUUAUAGCUUUUCCUUUUUUUUAUUUGAGAAGGAGUCUUGCUCUGUUGCCCACAUUGGAGUGCAGUGGCACGAUCUCAGCUCAUUGCAGCCUCCGCCACCUGGGUUCAAGCAAUUCUCCUACCUCAGCUUCCCGAGUAGCUGGGAUUAUAGGCACCCACCACCACACCUGGCUAAUUUUUGUAUUUUUAGUGGAGACGGGGUUUCACCAUGUUGGCCAGGCUGGUCUGGAACUCCUGAGCUCAAGUGAUCUGCCCACCUCAGCCUCCCAAAGUGCUGGGAUUACAGGUAUGAGCCACAACGCCCAGCCAUCAUUUAUCUUUUUCACUCAUUUUUUCAUGAGUAUGCAGAGGAGUUUUCAAGAGGCUAUCUGGUGUGAUAUUGUAAUAGGCUGAAUGCAAAAGCAGAUACAAGAUUCCAGCUUUCGUCUGUCAUCAGACAUUGAAGAGAUUUGGAGAAAUGUAAAGCAGCAGUACUCUUCUCACUAAUUUUUGUUGUGGUUGGUUAGAAAAAUGGUUAUUUUUAGUGGGUUUUAAUAUGUGAAAAAAAUAAAAAUAGCUA